CUGAUUGAUCUUGUACCAAUAACAGACAGGUCAUUAACUCACCGCUCAGCCCUGAGGAGAACACGACCCCAGAGAUGAAACAACUAGAGGAGGAGGCAGUGAACCCGGCCAGGCUCAGCUGUCAGGACUGUGCUGGAUUAACCCAAUAGCUGCCGGAGACGAAGAGGGUCCUGAGAGGAGGGGACUCGCACAGAGCUGCAAACACCAACACUACAGGACUGACCCAAACCCUAAUCAUUCAACUUUGUGCAAACACCAACACUACAGCACUGACCCAAACCUUAAUCAUUCAACUUUUGUUUGUUUUUUUUUUGUUUUUUAGAAAUAGAUGAAGACAGAAUCCCAAAUCAGUUAUACAAGGCAGCCCUGAUGAACUCUCCCCGGCAACGGAGGAAGGGGGCUCGCGGUACCCCCACCAUGAAAGAGCUGCAGUUCCUGGUUGAACACCACCUUUACAAGCAGCAGCAGCAGAAGCAGCUCGGAGGGGGCGGGGCUGACGAGUGCUCCUCGGAGAGCCUGGACUGCCUGUCCGACCGGCCCAGCCCUGACUGUUGCCAUGGCAGCACCGACCUCCCAGAGGAUGAUGGGAUUUGGAGUUCUGAGGCCUUCGAAAAACUCCAGAGCCGGCUCGAAACUCCGGGCGGCGAAUCAGAGGCCAGCGUCACAACUGAGCGACAGUGCGGUGCUCUGAAAGAGGAGGGAGGGGUGGCAAGCGAAGCAACGGCAGCACAGCAGACUCCACCCGGAGGAACCAAAGCAGAUGCCACAUUGUUCCUGGGGGAGGAUUAAAAAAACAAGCGCACAAGAAAAAUAAACUUCCUGUGUGCAGAGCAGCAGCAUUCUGAGUGUAGACUAAAACAAAAAUGAUUGAACAAAAAUGAUUUACCCCUCCAGUCCUGUAGCAGGGACAGUGAAAUCCAAUGUCCUAUUAAACUUUUGAAAUUCUGUUUAAAACUGUAACAUUACAGCAUCCGUCCACUAGGGGCACCAGUGAGCUACAGUAUGUAUCCUAUCCCGUUAGCGUCACAGUAAACUAAUAGCGCCAUCGUGUACAGGUGGCUCGGGUUUUUUUUUAAUAUGUCGUGAGAUGUUUUAUACAUCCCUGAGCAGUAAUGUCGAAAACACCCCCAGUCGAAAGAGCCAGCGUGCAAGCGUGUUACACUGCAGUUUAAAUACACUGCAACUGCAAGCGCUGGUGCUUCAGAGCAUGCCAGAUCUAUACACCGCGGCCACAAGGCAGCCGGGAUGCAAACUGUUCAUAUGGGUGAAACAAACGAUUUAACGACAAACAGGGUGCUUUUUUGUGCGGGUUUAUAAUUACACGUAAUGUCUGAUUUAUAUAUUGUGAACGAUAUUAUUAUUAUUUUCAU